AUGGCCUCCAGUUUCCAUGCCAAUCAGGAUGAGGCCCUUUCUCAGUUCUGCGCCAUGACGGGCGUCUCUCCAUCGGAAGCCCGCCCCUUUCUAGAAGCUAACCAGUGGGACCUCGAUGCUGCCGUCACCGAAUUUUUCGCAGACCAAGAGGAAGAGGAGCUCUUACAAGACAUGGAUCCGAGAGGCGGGCGUCGAUUAGGAAGCGAUGACCCAAGCGAACGCUCGACUGAACAUACUCCGCCAGCUAAGCAGUCCGACACUCGACGUAGUCCGGCCAAGAAGUUUGCAACGCUGGGCGAUCUAGCCUCAGGCAGUGGACGUGACUCGGGCAACGAAGAUGACGAGAACCAAGAUUUCUUUGCAGGAGGUGAAAAAUCCGGCCUCGCAGUGCAGAAUCCGGAUGAUCUUAAGCAAAAGAUUUUAGAAAAGGCCAUGCGACCCCAGCCCCCCAGGUCUGGUGAGUCAGAGACACGAAAAUCUUACUUUACUGGAUCCGCCCGCACUCUUGGAGGUGACGAUACGCCUAGCCAAGUGAUACGAGAUCCGAACGAGAAUCGUCCUCAACCAGCACCCAAAGUAAACCGCACAUUACACUUCUGGGCCGACGGGUUCUCGGUGGAUGAUGGCGACCUUUAUAGAUCUGAUGAUCGUAGGAACGCCGGCAUCCUCGAAGGCAUCCGGCGGGGCCGCGCUCCUCUUUCGAUCAUGAACGUCGCACCAGGCCAGGAAGUUGAUGUGGAAAUAAAGCAGCACGACGAAAAAUAUACUAGGCCGAAGCCAAAAUACAAGCCCUUCUCCAGCGCCGGCCAGAGGCUGGGAAGCCCUACGCCGGCUAUUCGCACAUCCCAGCCCGAACCUGCUGCAGCGGCGGCGGCGGCGGCGGCGGCGGCGGCGCCUGGACCUUCAGAAGCAGCGAAACCAAACAUAGACGAGUCACAGCCGACAGUGACGUUGCAGAUCAGACUCGGGGACGGAACGAGGCUGUCUUCUCGCUUCAACACAAGCCAUACAAUUGGGGAUGUCUAUUCGUUUGUAGCAGCAGCCAGCCCAACCAGUCAGCCUCGCGCAUGGGUCUUGAUGACUACCUUUCCCAGCAAAGAACUGACCGACAAAGCCGCUAUCCUGGGCGAGUUGCCCGACUUCAAACGCGGCGGGGUUGUUGUGCAGAAGUGGCAAUAG